UUUUCACUUGGGGAGAACCAUCCGUUAACCUGUGGCGAGUUGUGGUGCCCCGGGGGGCAGCUCCCCCCGACAGCGUGGUGGAUCCCCAACCUCCGCUACACUGGGGCUACAGUGGUGGGGCCAACACCUGGCCGACACCAACGGGGGCCCCCAGCAGAGGCCCCAUGAAGCGGCAUCACAGCGAGAGUGACGAUUGUGACGACGUUUUCUCCGAGGAGUCCUCUAAAGAACAGUGCUCGUCGCCCGGGGACGCCGACAGCUGUCAGAUGCUGAGUCGCAAAAAACGACGUGGCAUCAUUGAGAAAAGACGCCGAGAUCGCAUCAACACGAGCCUCACAGAACUGCGACGCCUGGUGCCCACAGCGUUCGAGAAGCAGGGCUCGGCCAAGCUGGAGAAGGCAGAGAUCCUGCAGAUGACCGUGGAUCACCUGAAGAUGCUGCACGCCAAAGGUAUGGACGCCCUGGCGUACGACCCCCACAAGUUCGCGAUGGACUACCACAACAUCGGGUUCCGAGAGUGCGCCGCCGAGGUAGCCCGCUAUCUGGUCACCGUGGAGGGCAUGGACAUCCAGGACCCACUGCGCCUGCGUCUCAUGUCUCACCUUCAGUGCUUCGCAGCACAGCGCGAACUUGCCACGAAACAAGCAGCCGUAGCCACAGCAUCCCCGUGGAGUUACGGUAGCACCAGUGGCCCUCAGCACUACCCUCCAUCCCCCGGUGCAACCACACAAAUGAUUCCUCCUCCGCCACCCCCUCCACCACCCCCACAACAUGGCCAUCACGAUGCGUCCGCAAGUGGUGGCAUGACAACCUACGAUAUCACCUCGACGUCUUCGCCGUCUUGCGGGCAGACGCCUUCAUCUUCCAUCAAUACGUCGUCGACGACGACGAGGCAGCAAGGACAGACUCAGACUACUCUGACGCAGCUAACGACGGCGACCUCAGCGUCGCCCCUGGGUUACUCGCAUCAUCAGUAUCACAUGAACUUAAACUCUUUCCCGAGUGCGGCUAGCCACCACCAGAAUGCGUUCAAUUCGAGCAGUGGCAGUUCUCAGAUGAAGCCGUAUCGGCCUUGGGGGGCAGAGGUGGCAUACUAAACAUCAGCAUCAACCCUUCCGUUACAUUUCUUAAUAAAAUCGAAAUCUCGUAUCCUAAGUUCGACAAGAAAGGGCCAUGCAGAAUUUCUGCCCGGAAAAUGAAGUUUUUGUUUUUUCAUCCGUGUCAGUGAUGAAUAAAUUUUCUGCAUUUCUGAUCACUUCUCUAUCUCCGUCAUUAGUAACUGGUGUGAGGAGUUUAUGUGCGUAGAAAGAAUCUCUUAAACGUCGGAAUUGUGUUCAUUAUUAUAAGACAAGACUUCAUUGCAUAUUAGCAACACACAUGCCCUUUUUUUAAAUCAGAGAAUUAUUCAGUUGCGAUUCUGUACUUCUUUCUUUGAAUUUCGGGCUCUUGAUGACUUAACUGAUUGUUAAACAUAGAGAACAUUUGGAAAACUUAAAUACCUGACGCAAUAAAAAAUGAAAGGUCAAGGAAUUAUCUUAAAUUGCUAGUAAAAACUGCGGCUGGCACUAAAGAGGAAAUGAAAGAAAGUCCUCUGGUGGAGAAGAGAAAAUUGGGUCCGCCACCAAUGGAUACAGAGUUACACUCUCUGCUAGUCCAGAGCUUGUCGACGGAAGAGGGCACUUAAAACACACGACGUCCGUGUAAACUUAAGAGUGCUCAUUUAACUCUUUCUGUGGCUUCCAUUCUGAAUCAUCAGCCCUAAAUACAAAAUGAUCCUCUCCUAUUUUAUCAAGUGUUCCGUUUUGAGAUCCUUUAUUUAACCUAUUAUAUAUAUCUGGCAGGCCAAAGUAAAUAUUGUCCAGCAGUAAUAACUAAAUACAAAGCUAUCCCUGUGCUUAACAAAUCGAGCACCAUGCCAUGAAGAUGUAUGGUGGAGUAGAG